AUAUACCUACCAUUAUUGGGGUCAUGAACUUAUGCGGAAAUGGUUGUAAAUUGAUGAAAAGGUGUAUCAACAUCAUGUUUAGGUUAUUUGAAUCUUAAAAAGUAAAAUGCAGAGGAAGGAAAGUCGAUGGAUAACCGAAGUAUCGGUUCCAGACGUGGAGAAGAGACGAAUACCAAGUAAACACUAUGUAUACAUCGUCAACGUUACCUGGUCAGAUCACACUAUCACAUGCCUGUACAGGAGGUACAGCCGGUUCUUUGAUUUCCAGAAUGAACUACUGGACAAGUUUCCCUUGGAGGCAGGCCUGCUUGAUCCUAUGAAAAGGAUUAUACCAUUUUUGCCAGGGAAGAUCUACUUUGGGAGGAGCCAUAUUCGGGAUGUUGCCUUGAAGAGACUUCAGCCUAUUAAUGAUUACUGCAAGGCUCUAAUUACACUGCCUGCCAAAAUCUCCCGUGGUGAGGACGUUUUGGAUUUCUUUGAAGUGGGACCUGAGGACAUUGUUCCAGCAAAUGAAAAAACGCAGAUGAAGACAAAGAAUCGGAACAUAGAGAAGAUCUCCGGCCCAAAGCUUGCGGAGGAAUAUGUGGUGAUUGGAGAUUACAGUAAGGAGGACAAAUGGGACCUCAACCUAAAGGCUGGCAUGGUGGUGGAGGUCGUGGAGAAAAGCGAAAGUGGUUGGUGGUUUGUGACCAUUGAGGACCAUCAGGGCUGGGUCCCCAGUACCUACCUGAAGAGGAAAGAUGGCCUGAAGGAGAACACUACCCAGAGGCUGCUACCUGGGGAAGAGGAGAAGUUCAUGGUGACGGAGGCUUUCUCUUGUACAAAUGAAGAUGAGAUUGCACUGGAGCUGGGUGUUAUUGUUGACGUGGUGGAGAAAAACCUGGACGGUUGGUGGAUGGUCAGGUACAUGGGAAAGGAGGGUUGGGCCCCAGCCACAUACCUCAUGAAGGCAGAGAAAGCCCACAUACAGCGUACGGCCCGUCAGUCUGGAGUACAGGUUGUGGGCACGCUUAGCGAUAUCAGUGACAUCAUGUCGAAAGGGAAUGAAGAUCAGGCUGUUGGGGCCAUGUCUGGAGUUGGGAGUAAGUUAGGACCAGGAGGUAGGAAGUUACGGAGACAGAAAUCUGGGAGUCUGGAGAGAGGGGGCUCCAUCCGACCUCCACCUCGACAAAACUCCAUCAAAAAUAUCCAACUUGAUGUGGCGAUAAAGGAGGCUAAAUCACAGCGUUACAUAACGAUAGCAACCUUCAGUGAUACAGUAGGGGACGGAAUCAGCUUUGAUAGGGGCCAGGAAGUCUUGAUUUCUGAGAAGACGGACGGUGGAUGGUGGUUCGGAGAGAUUAACGGUGUUAGUGGAUGGAUCCCCUCCUCUUAUUUGGAGGAAAUUACAAAUGGCGACAUUGAGGAAGAAGAAGACACUGUCUACCAUGAGGUUCCAGAACCAUCAGAUGAAGAAGACAAGUCUGAAUCAGAGGAAGAUGAUUGGUACCAGGAGGUAACAGAUGCAAGAAAGUCCAAACAUGAUGAAGAUUAUCUUGAACCAAUGAAAAAAGCAGAUUCUGAAACAAUCAAGUUAAAGAAAUCUCCAAACAAACCUAAUACACCUCUGAGAUCAGUGAUUUCAGAGGACGAUGAUACUGAUAUAAAGGGAUCUGUUUCACAGGCCCUGAAGACUAAAUUUGAGAAAGAGAAAACUGCAGUUAAUCCCAGGCCGUUUACUCCUCCGAAAAACAACCGCAGGUUUAGUGGGAAUCAGAAUCAAGGUGAUGGAGAAUCAUCACACUUGGCAGAUGUCCUUAAAGCUAAAUUUGAAAAACGACAAAGUGCUGCUACUGAAGAGCGAAAUCCUAAAGACAAUAAUAAUGACACAACUUCUGCAAUUAAAAAGCAACCACUUUUGCCACCGGUUAAACCAAAAGUGAAGACUGGUUCUUCUCCAAGAGAAGACAUUCAACCAAAGCCUAACGGAAAAGCAUUGCCUUCUAAGACAACCCCACCGUCAAGACCAUCAAAACCAGCGCUUCCCAAGAAGGAACCAGUUAAAACUGACGGCACCUCAGAUUUUAAAAACGUGUUAGCAGCCAAAUUUCAAGCCCGAACUAGUGGAAUGGUAUCAGAUGAAUCAAGUAAUUCUACUCAACCUCCUCCUGUUUCAAAGAAACCUGCCGUUAAACAUAAUGAAAAUGACAAAGAGGAUGUCAGUGGAAACGUUUCAACAUCUGCUUUGAAAUCUAAAUUUGAAACGGAUACUACAAAACCCACCCCAGUUCCACUGAAGCCCAAACCAAAAGGCCACGCUCAGACUGGCCCCCAGUUUAGAACAUCCAAGCCAUUUGUUCCAGAGAAGAAGAUCCUUCCAAAGCCCGCAAUGAAGCCCAAACCAAUUGUGUCUGCAAAACCCCCACCCCCGGUUUCCAAACCAUACAAAGAUAAAGGACAAGCAACCGUUAAAUUUAUAGCAACUGCAGACUUUUUUGCAGAAAACGACGGAGAGAUAUCAUUCUAUGCCGGUGAUUCUAUAAUUGUUAAACAACAGCUUGAUACAGGUUGGUGGCUUGUGUCCAUUGAUGGAAAGGAAGGCUGGGCACCGGAGUCUUAUCUUCAGAAAACAUAGCAGAUGUGUCAUCAUCAUAAAAAAAUCGAGCAGCAGCUUUCUAGUCACGAAGUCGAGAUUUUGUAGUGUUCAAUUCCUCUGCGUUGGAAGAGUUAUUCCCUAUUAAGCGCUAAUUUCUUCUUUUUCAUUCAAAUUGAGCUGAAUGUAUUUGUUUACGGGGGAGGCAUUUUACAACUCUUGUGUAUCAUCGAUUGAAACAGAAAUCAUCAACCAUCGGAAUAAGCUGUUUUCGAGAUAAUUUUUUUCAAAAUGGUGACAAGUUUAUAAAUAAUAUCCUCUUUGUUAUCAUCCAUAAACUUCUAUGAUAAUCUCUGAAUUAAGUGGUUCCAGUUAUUUUCCAACUAUGCAGAUGCAUUUCGCAAAAAAGCGAACAUGCAGGCGUAUUCGCGUAUUAUUGUUGAAUUAUAUAGUACAAAUCAAGCUAGUUAUUUUAAAUGUAAACAUUUUUGCGUGCGAAGACAAAUGCAAAAUUUAGUAUAAAUAAGCGAAAGUCGAACCAAAUGCGAUGUAAGAUAUAUUUCUAUAUGUAUUCUGUGUUACUUGACAAGUGAAGUAUUUCUUUUGAGUAUCCGUGACACUUGAAGAUUGCAAACUAUAUUCAAACUUAACUAUUUUUAUAGUUUACUACAAAAACGCUUACAUCGAGUAGAUUCAGAAUUGCAACACGUUCAUAUAAUGAAAAGCUUUUUUAGUAAGUGAUCUGGUAUUUCAUUUCGGAGUUAUAUUACUGUUUAAUUAACAAUUGGAUUGGGCAGAGGAAUUGGCUAUAAAAGCCCGUUCCAUAUAGCAAAUGAUCUGGUAUCCCCGCAUAGUGGUAAAAGGAAUAGUUUUAGUCACUGCUUAACGGCUUUCAAUCAAUUUAACUAUAUCUCUAUGACAUUUAAGACAGGGACUUACUUUUGAUGAUAAAUAUGCCGUCCUAUAUAUAUUUUCUGUAUCACCAACGUAACGACGUCGUCACUGGGAUGGAUCUUUGCUUUCUGUAUUAACAUGUAUUCUGAUCUUGUUUCCUUAAAUUGUCCCUUACGAUAAUGUCAUAGAGAUAUGGUUCUAUUGGUUAAAACUAUCCAUCAGUGACUGACACUAUUUUACCACCUUUGGGGAUAUAAGAGUACUUGCUGAACCAUUUAAUAUUAGCAUACAUUAAUACAGGUUCAAACACUUAUUCAAACAAUGACUCCUGAUACUGGAAUCAUUCGUUUGGGAACUUGUUUUUGUGGGGAUAUACAAUACGUGUCCUGCAUUAGGAUGAUGUCAACGUGUCAAUAGUCUGUACUAUCCUUCAAGGAUAAAGAACCGUUACGAUAUAUAUUUAUCAUACAGUUUGCUGUAUGAAAUUAUCCAAGUUUAUAUUUGUCAUACGCUCUGAUACCAAGUUAUAUGGUCUGCUCGAAUCGGGUGUCUGUCCGUCUGCCUGUUGACACAAGUUCGACCGGAAUACUUCUUCGAAAGUACUUCAUAGAUGUCAAUGAGAUUGUAUGCACUUACUAAGUAUGCAAAGUAGUUUUUACUGUGCAAUGCAUUUUCAUUUAUCCUGUAUCUUGUUUUGCAGUGUUAAUUAACAUGUGCCUUACAGUUUUUAGCUUGUAUACAAAGUAACGUUUGGGUUGAAAUUGAUACGAAAUAACUGCGUCAAUGGAAACUGCAAACAUUAUACAACUGUGCCUUCUUGUCAACGGAGGAGCAGUGUGUCCUUGUAGUAAAAUCAUGUACCAGAGUCAUUUGUUGUAUAUUGUAAACACGUAAUGCCGAGAAGAGACAUUGUUGCGAAAAUCCGUUAUGAGCAAGCUACAAUAGAAUAGUAAUCUUCGGGAAAAACCCUUUUAAUUGCUACUGGUAAUGCACAUAUUAAUCGUAUCACUGCAUGAACGAGUUUUUAUAUCAUCUUGUUAACCGAAAGGCAUUAAUUUUUAAAGGUUUUAUAAU